GUCCUCUUUUCUUUUCGUUUUAUGUAUGGAAAGGCUAGCUCAUCGUAUUGAACAAGCUGUGGAAGAAAAGCUUUGGAAACCAAUUCCUAUGUCUAAGGAUGGACCAAAGCUUUCCCAUCUUUUUUUCGCUAAUGAUUUAAUCUUGUUUGCAGAGGCGGAGGGUGGACAGGUGGACAUCAUAAGGAAUUGCUUGGAAGAAUUUUGCUCAAGUUCUGGCCAGAGAGUGAACUUUCAUAAAUCAGUUAUGUUUGUAUCACCGAACGUUCACAGAGACAGGGCUCGUAGGCUUAGCAUGAGAGCCGGAAUCAACCUGACAAGCGACUUGGGGCGUUACUUAGGCAUUUCAGCUAUCAAUGGCAGGAUUACCAAGGAAAGAUACCAACAGCUCAUCUCUCGGAUUCAAAGUAAACUGGCAGCAUGGAAAACUAAGCACCUCUCAGUAGCUGCGAGGAUCACCCUUGUGAAUUCGGUAUCUUCUUCCAUGAUUAUAUAUUCUAUGUUUACAGAAAAACUGCCAGUUUCUGUUUGUAAAAACAUUGACAGGAUCAAUCGUCAAUUUGUUUGGGGAGAAGAAGAGGGGAAAACCCAUUUCCACCCUGUUGCUUGGGAGCAUCUUACUCGACCUAGGGAUCAAGGAGGAGUCGGCAUUCGACCCACCAGACUUGCCAAUCAAGCGAUGUUAGCCAAAGGUGCCUGGAAGAUCGUUACUGGGGAUUCAACGCUCUGGGCUAAAGCCUUGAGAAGCAAAUAUGGAGGAAAUCGACAGAGACUUCAGAUCCUCAGUAAAAGAAAGGGAGGAUCCUUCAUUUGGAAUAGUUUUGCUCAAUCUGCUGACCUUCUGCGCAAAGGUGCAGCUAUGAAUGUUAAAAAUGGGCAAUUAACUAAAUUUUGGACCGAUGUGUGGAUUUUGCAGAUACCCCUAAUAGAGGCUGCCAAUCAAGAAAUUCCCAUGGAGGAAAGAAUCAAAAAUGUUGCGGACUACUGGGAUGAAGACGACGGAUGGAAGCUACACGAGUUCGAAGACUUCUUACCUGAGGAGAUCAUAGACAAAGUCCGUGCAACCAUGCUGGAUCCCUUAUCAAGCAGCAGAGAUACCCUCUUCUGGAAAGCCACCGCCAAUGGCCUGUUUACUGCAAGCUCUGCAUACAAAGCGAGAUGUCCGGAACCAGACCAGCAACAUUCAACCAUGUGGCAACGGAUUUGGAAGCUACACUGUCCGGAAAGAGUCAGAUUUUUUAUAUGGUUGGCUGCGAAAGAGAAGCUAUCUACAAAUUGGCAACAGAAAGUUCGACAUUUGACAAAUGAUGACAAGUGCCCAAUAUGCUCCGAUGCAAUUGAAACCAAUAUUCAUUGCCUCCGGGACUGCCCAGCAGCUAAAAAGAUAUGGGAGAGACUGGUUCCAGGUCAGAAACAUCAAACUUUCUUUACGAGCGAGCAUACUGACUGGUUUUACAGAAACAUUAAAGAAACAGAAGGUGAGGGCGGUCAGGGGAAUUGGCCAAGUCUGUUUGCUCUUGUUUGCUGGUUUAUUUGGAAGUACAGGAAUGAUUUCAUUUUUCGGGGGAAAAGGCUUGUUGAAUCAUCAUUUAGCAACUAUGUGAGAACUAAAGCGACCAGCUGGCUUGAGGCAUGGGAAAGAGCGGAUCAGCAGCUGCAGAUUAACAGUAAACCCGAGAGAAUGGAUCAGAUGGUGGGAUGGGUGGCCCCUCCAAACGGUUGGAUGAAGCUAAACUCGGACGGGGCUGCUCAAGGCAUCAAUGGUUUAGCUACGGCAGGUGGGGUUCUUCGUGACAAGAACGACAACUGGAAAGGAGGAUUCUGCUGCAAAAUAGGUACCGGUUCUGCGAUCCUCGCGGAGCUAUGGGGAAUUCAUCAAGGUCUAAUCUUGGCUCGCAAUCAUGGUGUUCAGUUUCUCAUUCUUGAAACGAACUCGAAGCUAGCCAUUGACUUGAUAAAGAAUAGGGAGGAUCCGGUCCAUCCGCACUCAACGAUACUGAAUGCUAUUCGACGUCUCUUGACUCAAGACUGGGUGGUACAACUGGUUCAUACAUACAGAGAGGGGAAUAGAGUCGCGGACUGGCUCUCGAAGCACGGCCUCGUCUAUCCCUUCGGUGUGCAUGAACUAGCCAACCCACCUAGUGAAUUAAGUCGGAUCCUCACGGAUGAUACGUUGGGAGUGAGCUUCCCUAGGAUGGUUAUUCGGACCCAAAAUUGAUUAUGAGGCCAGCUAGUUGAUUAUGAGACCAGCUAGUUUGAAAGUUUUCUUUUCUCUGCGGCUGGCCUUGUGCCUCUGUCUUUAUUUGCUCCUUAGAGCUUUGCUGUAACCUCAGCGUCUUGCCUCCCUUUAUUCAAAAAAAGGGAUGAAUCAUAAUUAAUUUUCUUAAAUGAA